ACGACGAGAAGUUUGCUGGAAAGAAACGAUGCGAAGAAUGGUGAAUCCCUCUGCUCUUCCUCCUCUUGUUCGACCACCAUCUGGUAAUCUCACUCCCUCUCCUCCCGUCUUUGCAUCGGCUCUUCUUCUUCAUCUUCCUCGCAUUGUCGAUUCCUCUCCCUCCCGUCACUUUCGCACCACUUCACGCUCCACUUCUGGACUGAGCGAUUCCCUGAACCGAUCCCAAGUUUUGGACUUUGUGAUGAAUUUAUGCAAAAAUGGCGGGUUGGCAAAAGCCGACGAUGCUUUGCAUUAUUUUAAGGUUAUGAUUCGGCUGAACCCUUUGCCUUCAACUCCCUGUUUUAUCCAACUCUUGGGAGCUGCGGUGAGGAUGAAGCAUUAUGCUAUCGCCAUCCACAUGAUCGAGCGAAUGGACUCCUUGGGGAUAUCUCGCAACAUUUACGUUCUCAGCAUUCUGAUAAAUUGCCUCUGCCACUUGAAAAGGACUGAUCGUGGAUUUUUUGUUUUGACCAAAAUGUUCAAGCUUGGGCUUGAAGUUGAACCGAGUGUGGUGACCUUGACCACUUUGCUCAACGGGCUCUGUGAAGAGGGUAAGAUGGCACGAGCCUUGACCUUGGUGGAAGAAAUGCAGGGCAAAGGGUUUAAGGCCAAUGUAGUUACGUGCGGUGUCAUCGUGAAGGGAUUGUGUAGAGCUGGUCAUACUUCGACAGCCGUUCGGUUGAUGAGGAAUAUGGAAGAAAGGGGUUGCGAGCUGAAUGUGGUCAUGUACAGCACGAUCAUCGAUAGUUAUUGCAAGGAAGGACUGGUGGCGGAGGCAUUUGGCUUCUUUGACUGCAUGAGUCACCAGGGAAUUCGCCCAAAUAUCUUCACUUAUAAUACCUUGAUUCAUGGCUUAGGCUGCAUAGGCGAAUGGAAACAAGCAAAGACCUUGUUAGAGAAGAUGAUUGAUGAUGGAAUCCACCCGAAUGUUAUCAUUUAUAGCUCCUUGAUCCACGGUCUAUGCCUUUGUGGUCAAUGGGAAGAAGCUCAAGUCCAGUUGAGUGAGAUGGUGCGGGGAGGAACCAGGCCAGGUUGUCAAACCUUCACUAUUAUCUUGGAUGCACUCUGCAAACAGGGCAUGACUGAUGAGGCGAAGUGCAUAUUUGAUACGAUGUUCGAGAUGGAUGUUGAGGCGAAUGUAGUUACUUACAACGCAUUAAUCAAUGGUUACUGCCUUCAGAAUCGAAUGGAUGAUGCUGCCGUGACAUUUUGUUUGAUGACUGCAAGGAAAUGCAAUCCUGAUGUCGUGACCUAUAACACAUUGAUGAAUGGGUAUUUUGCAGUUAAAAGAGUCGAUAAGGCAAUGAGUCUCCUUGGGGAAAUGUUGGAGAAAGGAUUAGUCCCUGACGUUGCCACCUAUGGUUGUCUCAUGGAUGGCUUUUUCCUUGUUGGAAACCCCAGGGUUGCACAUCAGCUGUUUUACAAAAUGCUGGCUUGCAACCAUAUAAAUCAACAAUCUUGUGCUAUCAUGUUAAAUGGUCUUUGCAAAAAUCAACAGGUCGACAAGGCAAUGGCAUUGUUUCGACAAAUGGAAGAUGGCAUGGUCGAUGUUCAUAUAAUCCACUGCAACAUCCUUAUUAACAGCUUGUGUGAGGUGGGGGAACUUGGACCUGCAAUGAACCUCUUUAAUUCGCUGGAUGCCAAAGGAUUGCAACCUAAUGUCAUGACAUUUGGCGCCAUCAUAAAAGGACUAUGUAAAGCUGGUCAAAUAGGUGAAGCUUGUGAGCUACUUCAUAAUAUGAAAGAGAAGGGAUGUCCUCCAAGUGGUGUUGUGUAUGACAUUAUUAUCCGAGCACUCCUUGAAGAUGGUCAGAAAGCGAGGGCAAUGCUUCUUCUAGGGGAGGUGGUUGAGAAAGGCUUCUCACCAAAUGCUGCAUACACAGCUAAAUUGCUGAGUGCAUCAGCUAACAAUACAUUAGAAUCCUGAAAAUCUG